CUCCCAAUGGCGAAGAAGACGUACGACCUGCUUUUCAAGCUGCUCCUGAUCGGAGACUCGGGAGUAGGGAAGACCUGCGUCCUUUUUCGUUUUUCGGAUGAUGCCUUUAAUACCACCUUUAUUUCCACCAUAGGAAUAGACUUUAAGAUCAAAACAGUUGAAUUGCAAGGGAAGAAGAUCAAGCUACAGAUAUGGGAUACGGCAGGCCAGGAACGAUUUCAUACCAUCACAACCUCCUACUACAGAGGAGCAAUGGGUAUCAUGCUAGUAUAUGACAUCACCAAUGGUAAAAGUUUUGAAAACAUCAGCAAAUGGCUUAGAAACAUAGAUGAGCAUGCCAAUGAAGAUGUGGAAAGAAUGUUACUAGGAAACAAAUGUGAUAUGGAUGAUAAAAGAGUUGUACCUAAAGGAAAAGGAGAACAGAUUGCAAGGGAGCAUGGUAUUAGAUUUUUUGAGACUAGUGCAAAAGCGAAUAUAAACAUCGAAAAGGCUUUCCUCACAUUAGCUGAAGAUAUCCUUCGAAAGACCCCUGUAAAAGAGCCCAACAGUGAAAAUGUAGAUAUCAGCAGUGGAGGCGGCGUGACAGGCUGGAAGAGCAAAUGUUGCUGAGCGUCCUCCCGUCAGUUGCCAUCCACCACCCUGUUUCUCCUCUUGCUGCAAAAUAAACCACUCUGUCCAUUUUUAACUCUAAACAGAUAUUUUUGUUCCUCAUCUUAACUCUCCAGUCCCCCCGUUUCAUUUGUUCUUUCAUCCGUGACUGCUUGCUGACUUUAUAAUUUUCUUCAAACAAGAAAAUGUAUAGAAAAAUCAUGUCUGUGACUUCAUUUUUAAAUGUACUUGCUCAGCUCACCACUGCAUUUCAGUUGUAUUAUAGUCCAGUUCUUCUUAUCAACAUUAAAACCUAUAGCAAUCAUUUCAACUUUAUUCUGCAAAUUGUAUAAGAAUAAAAGUUAGAAUUAACAAUUUUAUUUUGUACAACAGUGGAAUUUUCUGUCCUGGAUAAUGUGCUUGAGUCCCUAUAAUCUAUAGACAUGUGAUAGCAAAAGAAACAAAAGCCAGGAAAACACUCAUUUUCGCCUUGAAUAUGUAAAUGGGAUUAAUUUUGUCCUGUGCCUUAUGUGGAAAGGAAUUUCUUUGGUUUUUCCUUUGUUUGUUUGUUUGUUUUGGUGGAAGCAUGUGCAGGAGACAUACAUAUCAUCCAGACAUAAACCAUUAAAAUGUUUGUGGUUUGCUUGGCUGUAAUUUUCAAAGUAGUUACUUGAGGACAAAGGGUAAUGCAGAAAUGAUAGCUUUGGUUUGCUGAGUCUUAAUUUUAAGUGGCCUUGAUAUUUAAAACUAUUCCUGCCACCAGUUCUUCUCUUGGGCCACUUUUUCCUUGUGUCUGUCUGCCUGCAUGCUGCUUUCUUUGCUUCUCCCUCCCCCACCACCCAAUGGUAUGAGUUAUUUAAAAACAAAAGGGGCAAACUAGUAGGUUUUUCAAGUUUAACAUAAAGUACUGACUUAACUCGCUAAGUAAACUGAAAGAUAAAUUCUAACUGCCUCCUACUAUCAAACGUCUUCCCCUCAUUUUCUCUCUCUCCUCAAACUUCGGCCCCAGAUUCCUCCAUUCGCUCUUUUACUUCAUGCUCUUCUCCUUCCCUCUUUGUUCCCUUUCUAUCCACUGAGUUUAUGAAAUGGAAGAGUUAAUUGCAUGCACUAGUGUUUGGAGGGUGUUGUGGUUUGUCUUUCUAAUUAGGUGUAUAGCCUGUUCACUUUCCUAGAAUAAAUCUCGUAACCGAAAUUUGAGUAGUCUCCAUUCUGGCAACUCCUCUAGCAGCUUGGUAGCCCAGUAAAGGUUUGGUUGUUUUUGAUUUUGGUUUUGUUUUAAAUGGUGGGAAGGAGGAGUAAAAUUUAUUAACAUGUUUGCCAAAUAUACUGAGAUUUGGCCUUUGAAGAACACUUUUUCAGUGUUAGGUUGUCUUUACCUUAAGAUUAGAAAUACUUUAGAAUAUUAUUAAUUUUAAGUCCUGACUUCACAUCCCUUUGGAAAAUGUGUAUUACCAUGGAUUUGGGAAAAGGACAACAAAAGGCUUUUCGUGUACAGAUAAGAUCUCCAGCUGUCUCUAACCCUGUCCUUUUUUCACUUCAUUUUCCUAGUUUUGCUUCAUGGCUUAUCAUCAGGAUAGGGUAAGUUAAGUUUGCUACGCUGCUAGCAUCCUAAGAUGAUACCUUUGUUGAAAUAAUUGUGAAUAGCAUGAUUCAUUUCUCACAGAGGCUGAGUUUAGGACAGCAGCUUCCAUUGAAAAGUCUCUGUGUGUCGUGGAUAGCAUUUUAAUGCCCUCUUGGCUCACAUUAACAGCAUAGGGACGUAUCUGCUGUAAACAUCCAUGAAUUUUUCAGAUAGUGCCCUGAAAAUUUUAUAUGCCUCACUGGUUGUUGUUCUUAGGUUUUUCCUUCACUUGACUUUAUCAUUGUUUACUAGUAAAAGCAGCAUUGCCAAAUAAUCCCUAAUUUUCCACUAAAAAUAAUAAUGAAAUGAUGUUAAGCUUCUUGAAAAGUUAUAGGUUAAACCUACUAUUGUUAGAUUAAUUUUAAUGUACGUGUUGCUUUCCUCCGUCUGGAAUGUGGCAAUAGCUUUUUUAUUUUUAACCCUCUUUAAUCCUUAUUCAAUUCAGUGACUUAAGGUUUGAGAGCUAAACACUGGGAUUUUUGGGUAAAAAAAAAAAGACUGACAGUUUUGUUUGCAUAAUUAUAAUCGGCAUUGUACAUAGAAAGGAUAUGGCUACCUUUUGUUAAAUCUGCACUUUCUAAAUAUCAAAGAAAAAAGGGAAAUGGAGUAUAAAUCAAUUUUUGUAUAACCUGUUUGAAACAUGAGUUUUAUUUGCUUAAUAUUAGGGCUUUGCCCCUUUUUCUGUAAGUCUCUUGGGAUCCUGUGUAGAAGCUGUUCUCAUUAAACACCAAACAGUUAAGUCCAUUCUCUGGUACUAGCUACAAAUUCGGUUUCAUAUUCUACUUAACAAUUUAAAUAAACUGAAAUAUUUCUA